AUGGCGGUCGUCGGCCUCGACUUCGGGUGCCUGAACGCCGUGAUGGCGCAGGCGGAGCGCGGCGGCGUGACCGUGCUCCUCAACGAGAACUCGAAGCGCCUCAACGCGAACCUCGUGUCACCCCUCGCGCGCGCGCGCCGCCCGGCGCCCCGCCGACGCGCCCUCCUCGCAGGCGAGGCGGCGUCGUCCAUCGCGCGGUCCAACUACAAGAACACGAUCUCGUGCAUGAAGCGCUUCAUGGGGCGCAAGAUGUCCGAGCCCGAGGUCGCGGCGGAGAUCGCGCGCGUGCCCGGCGUCAAGUUCGUCGAGGUCGACGGCCUCGUCGGCGUCGAGGUCAUGUACGACGGCGAGCCCAAGGCGUUGAGCAUCCCCCAGUGCGCGGCCAUGAUGCUCUUCAAGAUGUCGCAGAUCUGCGCGGACAGCAACAAGGGCGCGUCGAUCGCCGAGGUCGUCGUCUCCGUGCCCGCGUGGUUCACGAACUCGCAGCGCCUGGCCAUGCUCGACGCCUGCGACGUCGCGGGCCUGCGCUGCCUGCGCCUCAUGCACGACACGACGGCGACGGCCCUCGAGUACGGCAUCUGGCGGUCCGCGAAGAAGGCCUUCGACGAGAAGGUCACGCAGCGCGUGCUCUUCGUCGACAUGGGCUACAGCUCCUACCAGGUGUCCAUCGUCGACUACGUCAUCGGCAAGCUGGUGGUGAAGGCCACGGCCUGGGACCGCACGCUCGGCGGCCGCGACUUCGACGAGGUCAUCGCCGCGUGGAUCGCCGGCGAGUUCAAGGCCAAGCACAAGUGCGACCCCAUGGAGAACCCCAAGGCGCGCAUGAAGCUGCUGGACACGGCGGAGAAGGCGAAGAAGACGCUGAGCCCCCACGGCGUCGGCGAGGCGAACAUCUACUGCGAGUGCCUCAUGAACGACCUCGACUUCUCGAUCAAGCUCACGCUCGACAAGUUCGAGGAGCUCAUCCAGCCCCUGCUCGACCGCCUCGUGGCGCCCGUGGACCGCGCGCUCGAGGCGUCGGGCACGGACCCCAAGGACCUGGCGGCGACGGAGAUCUGCGGCGGCGGGUCGCGCGUCGCGUCCGUCAAGAAGGUCCUCGCGGCGCGCCUCGGUUUAGACGCGUCCGCGACGAACUACGGCCUGAAGACGACGCUCAACGCCGACGAGUGCGUGUCCAAGGGCUGCGCCAUGCAGGCGGCCAUGCUGUCGCCGCGCUUCAAGGUCAAGGAGUACCAGAUCUACGAGGCGACGCCGUUCGGCGUGUCGCUCUCGUGGGACCAGGGCGCGGCCGCGGCCGCCGCGCCCAUGGACACGUCGGCCGACGGCGGCGACGACGACGGCGCCGACGACGGCGCGACGGCGGGCACGUCCGACGUCGUGCUCUUCCCGCGCAACGGCGAGACGCCGUCGACGAAGCGGCUCACGUUCCGCCGCGGCGACGACUUCAAGAUCACGGCGAGUUACGACGCCAAGGACGCGGCCCUCCUGCCGGCGCAGUGCGAGGCCUUGAUCGGCGAGUUCACGGUCAAGGGCGUGCCCCCGGCCUCCGCCGACGCGCCGUCGCGCGUCCGCGUGAACGUCGCGCACAGCGUCCACGGCACCGUCGCCAUCUCGAGCGCGCAGUUGGUGGUCGAGGUGCCCGACGACGAGCCCGCGAAGAAGGACGACGAGAAGAAGGACGACGCCAAGGCCGACGGCGAGGCCAAGUCCGAGGAGAAGAAGGACGACGCGCCCGCGGAGUCCAAGGACGGCGAGGCCAAGGCCGAGUCGCCCGCCAAGGCCGACGCCGCGCCCGCGGGCGACGCCAAGGCCGACGCCGCGCCGACGAAGAAGAAGCGCAAGUACAAGAAGACGCCCCUCGAGGUCGCGGCGACGCUGCCCAAAAUGUCCAAGGCGCAGCUCGACGCCGCGCUCGAGCUCGAGGCGCAGAUGGCGAACCAAGACCGCGUCAUCCAGGAGACGAACGACAUGCGCAACGAGCUCGAGGCCUACAUCUACAAGAUGCGCGACGACGUCAUCGGCGACCUGCGGCCCUUCGUCGCCGACGACGCCAAGGCCGCCUUCGAGGCCGCCAUCGGCGGCGCGGAGGAGUGGCUCUACGAGGGCGACGGCUACGACGCGACCAAGUCGCAGUACGCCGCGCGCCUCAAGGACCUCCACGCGCUCGGGUCGCCCAUCCAGGCGCGCUUCAAGGCCCACGAGGACCGGCCCGCGGCCGUGAGCGCGCUCCAGACCAAGAUCGAGGACCUCAAGACCUUCGCCAACUCGUCCGACGAGUGCUUCGCGCACGUCGACGACUCGGAGCGCGCGACGGUCCGCGACGCCGCGACCAAGGCCGGCGACUGGCUCAUGGACAUGCUGGACAAGCAGGGCAAGCUCGAGCAGCACGACGACCCGGCGCUGCUGCCCGCGGACGUGUCCGCGAAGCUCGGCGACCUCGAGCGCAACACCAAGGCCAUCCUCGCCAAGCCCAAGCCCAUCCCCAAGAAGGAGGAGGCCAAGGCCGAGGAGCCCCCGCCCGCGCCGGACGCGACGCCGAAAGACGACGGCGACGCGAAGAUGGACGACGCCUCCGCGCCCGACGUCGACAUGCCCGACGCCCAGGCGGACAAGUCCGACGUCGACAUGCCCGACGCCGCCGCGCCGGACGCGCCCGAGCCCACCGACUAG